UGAAGACAUUUUUGUAAAUCUCUCUGGUCUCUUCCACAACAAACCAACCACCAAUUCUUUUCACCCAUUAUUUUGCUUACAAAUCCUUUCCAUCUCUUUCUUGCAGAGUGUAGCGAGUGCGGAAAUGGCGGCUUCGGCCUCUCUGUCUAACGCUUUCUCUCUCUACAGUCCCCGAAGCGUCUCCUUGAAACCCUCCCACCAUUUGUCUCUUCAACCCACGAGCAUUCAACAAUUUGUUGUUCAUGGAAAACCCAUUUCGAGAGCAGCUGUUUCUUCCUCUCCCGUUCUGAACGCGUAUUGGCAAUUUGGGAUUAAUUCGAGAUUUGGUAAUAAUUGGUAUAGGAAUGACAGGCGUUCUUCUCUCAGGCCUUCAGAUUCAGCCCAGCACGAAAAUCAAACAUACAAUGAAGACAAAUCUGGUUCAGAUAGGGCAGCAAGUAAAAAGUCUCAACCCGACAUGAAGUCCCUCAUGCAGUUGUACAAGGAGGCGAUUGCAUAUGGAGAUGCACGGGCCAUGUAUGAGAUAGAAAAUAUUCUAUUUACAAUAGAUAAAGAGAAAAUUGAGCUGGCUGAUAGGGUUUCAGCUUUGUCUGAGGAGGUAUCCUCGGGGAAGGAAAAAUUUUUACGACUGCAGGCUGAUUUUGAUAAUUAUAGGAAAAGAUCGGAAAAGGAAAGAGCAACAGUUAGGAGUGAUGCCCAAGGAGAAGUGAUAGAGAGCCUCUUGCCAAUGGUUGACAGUUUCGAGAGAGCCAAACAACAGUUGAAGAUAGAGACUGAGAUGGAGAAGAAAAUCGACACGAGUUAUCAAGGUAUAUACAAGCAGUUCAUAGAAAUUAUGAGAAGCUUGCGUGUUGCAGCGGUCCCUACCGUGGGAAAACCAUUUGAUCCUUCGAUGCACGAGGCUAUUGCACGCGAGGAGUCACAUGAGUUCAAGGAAGGGAUUGUGAUUCAAGAAUUCCGCAGAGGUUUCUAUCUAGCUGACCGGCUAAUAAGGCCGGCCAUGGUUAAGGUCUCAACCGGACCCGGCAGAAAAAAGCCUCUUUCUGAGCAGCAGGCUUCAGUUGCUAGAGUUGACAAUCGAUAGUUACCACUAAAAUUUUUAUCAUUCAGAAGCAUUCUCUUUUCGUUCUAAAAGAAAAUUCUUGCAUAAUUGAAGCUCGAAGCUACUAUUCUACUUCUCUUUCAUUUAGCGUUUGCAAGAGGAGGCAGAUCAAGAUCAGGGUAGAUUGUGCUAGGAUCAUCUUGUACACGAACCCAAACGAGCCAUCUAGAGAGGAAGAAAACAGAGAUCGAAGCCGCUGUUGAAUGAACUACUUGCAAAUUGGAGUCCAUUCAAUAUAGAUUCUGCUGAGAAUUAGGAUUUGAGAGUUUGUACUCGGAAUUAAUUUGAACAAUUGUAUGAUCAGCUCGAUUAGGGAAACAAAGCAACAUCCCUACAUUAUAAAUUUAUACUACAAAUGUGUCGAAACUAAUCUUUUUACAUUUAUCUCAGGAAAACGAUUUUGAUGGUACAAA